AUUUCAUUAACAUGUCGAAAUGCCACGGAACAAGAUCAGCUGUAUUUUACACCCUUUUGGAUUAUUGGGGAAUUGUUACUCUUAUAGUUUCCAUCAGCUAAGUUUUUGCCAAAUUACUGAAGAUAGAUAGCAGACGACUUUUAGCACAUCAAAAUGAAGUUGACGCACAGAAACAUUGAUAAAAGCAAUUCCGGGUAAGUCUGACUCAUUUUCUUCAGUCUUCACUGACUUAAAAAGACUGUGACUAAGCCUAAGCGGUUGCCAGUUUAUCAGACUUAUGAUGACUUAUUAAUUAUUAUAGUUAGCCUAAAACAUAUUUAAUUAUUUAUCUUAAUUUAUGAUUAUUUUGAUAAUUUAUUAUUGGGUCUAUAGUCAAUAAUUUAACAUUCAAUUCAUGUGUGAGUGAUGAGAAGUGGUCUGGUAGUUUAUUGAAAACUGAAAAUGAUACAAUAUUUCAAUAAAUAGUCAAUGAUUCAGUCAAUGUCUAUAACUAUAAUUAUAAUACUCUAUACUAUACUGAUAAUACUGUGUCAUUGUUUGUCUAUUCUGUACUGUAGUCGAUCAGUAUAAAUAUAAUCAGAAUCAAUUUUCUGACUGUAGUAGUACUAGACUAGUAGUCAAUCAGUAUGUUCAAUUAUCUAAUCUGUAGAUCACCAUCUUGCCAGACAUGCCAGACAUGCUUAUCAUGGCACAUGUGUGAAAAGCUCCAUGCCUUCAACUACUUAUUAUAUGCUUAAAGUAUUUACUUACAUUCUAAUCUUAUUGUCCUGUCCUUAAAUUCAAGCUUCCACAUACCUGGUUUUGCUAUUUUAUUUAAAUUCAUUUUAAUCAGAUCAACUUAAUUCUCAUGACCUCUUAACGUCUUAAUAUUUCUGUACAAUCUUUUUGAAAAUGUCUAUAGGUAGUUUUUUACUACCAAUAACUUAUAUUGAGCUAUUAGUAGUCCAGCCAAUCAAAUCAAACCAAAACUUCAAAAACCUGCUUUCAAUCAUGCUGGUGUGUUAUUGCCCUGUUCAUUUAUUACUAAUUCGUACUAAUCCUGAAGAAAAGAGUCUGGUCAAACGCCAAACUCACAAGAAGAACUAAGCUGCAGGUGUACCAGGCCUGCGUACUGAGCACACUUCCGUAUGGAUGCGAAGACCACAUACUCUAAACACGAAAGAAGGCUCAAUGGCUUCCACCUCAGAUGCCUGCGCCACAUCCUUGACAUUAAAUGGCAAGACAAAGUCCCCAACAUGGAUGUCCUGUCCAGCCAUGUUAAUCCAAAGAAUGCAAUCUGGUCUCAUACCAAAGGACGUGCUAUACAGCCAGUUGGCGACAGGGAAAAGGUCAGUUGGACGGCCUCGUCUGAGAUACUUAGACAUAUGCAAAAGAGACAUGAAGUCGGCCAACAUCGACAUCUCAAACUGGGGGGAGCUGGCAGGGCAUCGUGAAGGUAGGAUCACUACAUGCCGAGGAUUAAAACAGGGCGGAAACAGCUGCAAAAAGAGCGAGGAGGAAGGCCGGUAAAUACUGCUCCACCGCAUUCGUGUGUGGGAAAUGUAACAGAGACUGCCAUUCGAGGAUUGGUCUCACCAGCCACACCAAGAGCUGCAAGCAAUAAAGAUAAUCUAUCGUCUCCCGCAGACGGAAAGAUGCCAUACAUACAUACUUAUGAAAGAGCUAAGUUUUAAAUUUCUAUUUUGAUCCGUCAAAGAUUUUGAAAAGGCAAUCAAAGCUUUAUAAGAGUUUCAAAAUGUUGUCUUUAUAAAAAAAAAAAAAAAAGAGCUAUAGAAUUAUAAUUUAUAACUUGCCACCCCUCCGGUUGUUGAUUUUCUGUUGGAUGCAGGUGUACCAGGCCUGCGUACUGAGCACACUUCCGUAUGGAUGCGAAGACCACAUACUCUAAACACGAAAGAAGGCUCAAUGGCCUGCUGAGUAUUAUUUACACAAAGGAGCACUUGUUAACCUAGGCAUUGAUAUUUGUAUGUACAAUUAAAAGAUUUCAUUUUGUGAAUUGUUCAUCUAUAAUACAAAUUAGGAAUUGCUAUUUACUAUAUAUUUUUAAUGCUAUGCAGAAUCAAUGUUUUUAACAGCACAGAAUCCAAUGAAAACAUAAGCGGCAAUACUUAAAAUAUAUACAGACAAAGAAAAAUAAGUGUUUAAGAUUAGAUAAGAUUCUUUUUUUGGUCCAAAUAAAUUGAAAUGUAUUUUUAUUGCAUUGUACAUAUACAUUUUGAUCCCAUAAAUAAAUACAUAAUUUAACGAAGUCAACAUUAUCUAACAAAAACAGUUUAAACACAAGACAUCUGAAUUAAAUUAUUCCUCUCGCGUAAAAAAACAGCCAAUCAGUGGACUCUCUUAGUCAUAAUUUGGUGUAAAUUUAUGAGACUAAACACAAAAAAUGAAUUAUGAAGAGAACCACAACCAGGCAGCUGUCUAAAACAUCGGCACAAAUUUUUUUCUUUUUGGCAAAAUAUUGUAUUGGUGACACAAAAAGUCAGAAUUUCACAUACCUACUUAAGAGUUAUUUCAGUGACGUUAUUUUAAUAAAUAGUGACUGCCAAUACUAAUUCAAUACUGCACUACAUCAAACACCAAUUAGUAGUUUUUGAUAGUAAACUACCAAUAGCUGCCUAAAAGCUACUGGUAGUUUACUACCCAUAGCCUUAGCCGUAUUUUUACUCAAACUAGUCUAAUUAGAGUACAGACACAGUCAUGGUAGACAAUUACUACCAAUAGUACUUAACUAGUAACUAAGCUAAAUCAAACAGUAAUUAAUAGAUAAUAAGCUUACUCCAUGUUUCAGUAAAACGGACAUAUUGUAUUCUGUGAAGCAUUUACUAUGAUUUGGCCAGGGUUCAGCAAACUAGUCUCUACAGACUCUUGGCUAAAUCUUUCUCCUUUGUUACUAGUUUUGUACAGCCUUGAUGCUGAAAAUGGAUUCUACAUUUUUUAAGUAUGUGUAUAAUUCAACUGGAUGUUUUUGUGGUGCUCCAAUAUCUUUGCAUUGGCUUGCUCUGUGUGACAGCCUUUACUGUGAUGCCAAGUAAUUAUAGUUUUUCAGUGCUUCCUCUUGUAUACACAUAUCUUAACUCCCUGCCUGAAAACGAUUUCAAAUUUAUACCCUAUUCUAAAACUUCUACCAACUUCCAAAAUUCAUUUGUACAUAGAUUAGUACAGUGUAUAGCCUAGCUUUUACGGUAUAAUACUAAGCAUAUAUUUUCAUUACGCUGUACCAAGCUGGGUUUGUUGCUAAAAGCAUUUGCACAAUCACACUCUCCCAUCUAAAAUAGACAAACCAUAUCAUCUUACACUUGUUAUAUUUAUGCAUUUCAAAUACUAAAAUGUGUGUGUGUAUCUAUUAUUUCAGGUCUGUUACUCUGGUCCCAGAGGAACCUGAAGACAUGUGGCACACCUACAAUCUUGUCUCAGUUGGGGACACUAUCAAAUCAACAACCAUCAGGUUCUGUGUUAUGUUCUGGGUUAAGAAUUUUUAAAACCAAUAUGAUGCAUAAAGAUGUUUUGUUUUUUCCACAUACAUUAAUUUCCAUAAAAGUUAGCGCUACAGUAUAAAUUUGUGUUUUAUUAACUUUGUAUUUUUCAUUCUGGUUUGAAACUACAUAUUUCUUUAAUGGCCCUCAUACAUAUUUAAUGUUAAACACUUUUUAAAAAAGAAAAAUGUCAUCACGUGUUAAAAAAUUAUAUUUCUUAUAACUUCUUUGUCUCAUCUCACUCUGAAGGAAAGUCCAGAAUGAGUCUGCGACAGGAAGUGUUAGUGUCAACAAGGUCCGCACAACGCUGACCAUACAAGUAGAGAGUAUAGACUUUGACACACAGGCCUGUGUACUUAGAGUCAGUGGAAGGAAUGUGCAGGAAAAUCAGUAUGUCAAGGUAAAAAGAAGAAAAAAACCUGAUCAUCUUCAUUGGGCAUCAUGUAAUUGUUUUUUUUAUUACCAAAAUUGAGGCACUAGAUAUUGUAAUGUCUUAUAGAGUGUUAUUUAUUUACAUCUUCUGGAUAUUACUAGAUGGGUGCAUACCACACUUUGCUUCUGGAGAUGAACAGACAGUUUACACUCAGCAAACACGAAUGGGACAGUGUGGCCCUGGACAGAAUAGGUAAUAUUUCUAUUUUUGGUACUGCAUACACUAGGUAAUAUUUACUAUGUGUUAAGCUUGCUCUAUACAACUUAGGAAAUCAAUUUAAUAAUGAACAUCCGAAUGGGAAUUUAUUUCAAUUUUUUUGUUUUACUUAUUCCCCACUAAUAAUAUUGUUUUUAUGAAUACACCCUCAGACACGGCAUGUGACCCAGCUCAGCAUGCAGAUCUGAUGGCUAUCAUCAUGCAGGAAGGCAUUGCCCAUGUUUGCCUGGUCACCCCGAGCAUGACAUUGGUCAGGGCCAAGGUGGAGACAAACAUACCGAGAAAAAGGAAAGGAAUGUGUGAUCAGCACACCAAGGUAUAUAAUGUUGGGUGUGAUCAGAAUACCUAGUUAUAUGAUUCUAUAUCACAACUAUUUAGAAGUAAAUAUGUCAUUGAAACUGAAUUAACCACAUAUUUGAUAAAUACAUUUACAAAUACUACUACUACAAGGGAUUAUUUGGAUGUAAUAAUUGCAAAACAGCUAUUAUGGAGGCGUAGACCCCAUCUUGAUAAGCCUUGACCUUCACCACCUAUCCAACAUUAGACUUUGGAAGGCAACACAUUAAGUACCAAAUAUGAUGAUGAUUUACACUGCCCUGUGGUUUUAUGGUAGCAUCUCUGCUACUAUCCAGAAAAUAGUAGGUUGCAUGUCAUGGAUGGGUCAGUACAUGAAGCCAGCUAGUUGGGGGAUCCCUGAGUAAAUGUCCUCAACCAUCACAGUCCAAAGCAGAAUCAAACUUGUCAUGGGAUUACAUUUGAUGUUAUGAGGAGCACACAAAAGUGUGGAUGGUUAACAUGAAGGCUAAUAUAGCGUGCUACGCAUACGGUUUGUUGACUUCAGGUUUUUUUAUUUAUUAUUCAAAAUUACUUUACUUUUUAAUCAUUUUUUCCCCCUUUUAGGGCCUUCACAGAUUCUAUGAUCAGAUCAUUCAAGCUUUUCAACGUCAUGUUAAUUUUGAUAGUAAGUUGACUUUUUGUUGUAAACUGGAGAUAACUAGGCAUUGUUCCAGAAGCUCAAUAUUGCCCUUUAUAUGAUAAUAUUAAAUUGUGUUUUUGACAAAUGUUAAAACUUAAUUUUAUUGUAUUUUUCCCCCAUGUCAGUUGUGAAGUGUGUCCUCAUUGCAAGCCCUGGCUUUGUCAAGGUAAUUUCAUCUCUUUGUGUGUCCACUGAGAUCAGUAAAUAAAAGUACAUGCAUCUGAAAAGUCAAUGGCUUUUGGAUAAACAUCUACCAUCAAAUAAUUCAUUUGUAAGGAUUUUUUUCUCAUUUAACUAUUUCAAGGCAUUUUUUUUUAAAAAUCUCCAUCGGAUAAUUUUCUUUAUGCCCAACAGGACCAGUUUGCAGACUAUCUGUUUGCUCAGGCUGUUAAAAUGGAUGACAAAUCCAUCAUAGACAACAGGUCAAAGUUCGUACUUGUUCAUUCCUCAUCUGGAUUCAAACACUCCUUGAAAGGUCAGUUUAUUUCUGAAUCGUCAUUCAUUUGAAUGUCUAUGGCUUAAUGCUGAACAAGUUAGGGUUUCAUGUUCCAAAAGCUGUGAAAGUUCAUAUAACUUCUGGAGAGACUGUCUCUUCAAUGAUAUUUAAGACAAAUCCCUAGUUAUUUCACAUUUAAUUUUAUAAAUAGGAAAAGGAUGUAAACAUUCUGAGAACAUUUUUAUAAAGAAAAUUUUGUAAUGGAGCCUGCACUUUAACAUACAAACCCAUGUCAUGUUGUUUUCUGUUUUCAUCUUAAGGAAAAUUAAGAUCUUGGGGAACUAAAUUUCUCUGAAAUUCCUCAUUUUGUUUAAAAGCAUUUUGUUUGCAUAUUAAAUAGAUAAGAUGGUCAUUAUAAUAUUCAUGCAUCCAAAGAAUUAUCUCACUCCUGCAUGCCAAAUAAGAAAUUUUCUCACCGCUGCUAUGUUAAAACUAUCCUUUUAAUUGGUUAACAGAGGUCCUUGCUGAUCCUAGCAUAGCUGUCAAGUUGGCCGACACGAAAGCUGCUGGGGAAGUAAAAGCUUUGGAUGACUUUUAUGCCAUGCUCCAGACAGACCCCGACAGAGCAUACUAUGGGUAAUGGUUGCUUUAUGCCAUACUAUAUAAUUACUAUGGGUAAUGGUACUUUUAUAUGGCAUACUAUGAGUAAUGGUUGUUUUAUAUGCCAUACUAUGAGUAAUGGCUGUUUUAUAUGGCAUACUAUGGGCAAUGGUGCUUUUAUAUGGCUUAUGAUGGGAAAUGGUUGUUUUAUAUGGCAUACUACGGGUAAUGGUGCUUUUAUAUGGCUUAUGAUGGGUAAUGGUUGUUUUAUAUGGCAUACUACGGGCAAUGGUGCUUUUAUAUGGCUUAUGAUGGGUAAUGGCUGUUUUAUAUGGCAUACUACGGGCAAUGGUGCUUUUAUAUGGCUUAUGAUGGGAAAUGGUUGUUUUAUAUGGCAUACUACGGGCAAUGGUGCUUUUAUAUGGCUUAUGAUGGGAAAUGGUUGUUUUUACCAAUUUAAUUUCAUUCUAGUAAAAUAGGUUCUUUUUUAAUAAUUAAAAAUGACAUGAUUUCUAAAAGUAUGCUCGAUAGUCACUAUUUAAUAAUUUGUGAAAAUAUGAAGCUAAAUUAAUGCACUUCAACAUGUAGAAAUUUAAUUUUAUGACAAUGUUUCACAGUAAUUUAUAUCUUUAUGUAUAUUAGUAUAUUUUAACUUUUUACUUGGAUUAUUGUUGAAUAAACGUGUCCUUGUUUUCUUCUUUUAUCCAGUAUCCGUCACUGUGAGAGAGCAUGUGAGCAGCAAGCAGUGGAGCUAUUAAUGGUCUCUGAUGAACUCUUCAGGUUAGGGAGUUUUUCUUUACUUAAUCUCAAAGUAACCAUAUCAAAUUAGUUCUGCUCAAAUCUAGUUUAUUCUAGAAAAUUAUGAAUUUAUAUUAUUUCAUUUCAUGUGUAAUUAAUUACUUUUUUUCAUAUUAUAUUUAUUUGAUUCUUAAAUAUGAUUACCAGUAACUCAAAAUUUAUGAUAGCAAAUAGUGUUAAAUUAAUAUUAAUUUUUUUUUUAUAUACUAUUUAAAUAAGCAGUACUUUAACACCUUGGUAUCACGCAAGCAUCCCAAUAUGUCUAGAGCCAGGUUUUAAUAUCCUUGGUAUACAGAGAACUCUGCAUAUGAAACUGUCUCUAGUGCUCGGUGGCAGCUUAUGAAGCUGAAGAUUAUGUUUGAGGAGACAAAAUUACAUGGACACAAUCAGCUUUGUGUAGCUGACAUUUGAUUAAAUCCUUUGCACUUUAUAUUAUUUCCACUGUGCAUGUGGCUGUUAUAAACGUCAAUAAUAGAAAUGUUGUUUUGGUUCUCCUUUCACUCUCAAGAAAAAAAACACAUGUGUUUCCUUUUCCUUAGGGCUCAAAAUGUAGCACAGAGAAAGCGCUAUGUUGCUUUGGUAGAUUCUGUCAAGGAAAAUGGAGGAGACGUGAAGAUAUUUUCAAGCCUGCAUGUCUCUGGCGAACGUACGUAUGGUGCUUUACAUCAACUCAUUAACUGUUGAACUCGUAAAACUGGCUGGUGCAGAAUUAAUUUUAGUUUUCUCCCCCUGGUGGGGGUGUCGUGUGUGUGGUGUUUGUUUGAAAUCAGAAAUUAAAAUUACUCUUCUUAAUUUUUAAACAGCUUUAAUUAUUCAUGUCCCGGGUAUCUUUUUAAAGGGAAAUGAAAUGAACAUAUUUGUUUUUAAAAACACAAACAAAUUUUUUGCUUAUAUUAUUCCAUAAUGUCCUGCUUUCUAAUAUCAACUCUUCUGUGUCACAGUUGAAUAGAUAGUCUGGCUAUCUUCACAAUUAUUGAAUGUUUUAUUUUCUCAGAGCUCGGACAGUUAUCCGGUGUUGCUGCAAUUUUGAGAUUCCCAAUGCCAGAAGAGGAUGAAGACAAUGAUGCAGAUGAUUCAGACGAUUGAUUGGGUUUUUUUUUCUUUUUCAAUCUAUUUAAUAAUCCUUGAAAUCUUGCAAGUUUACGUUGAAAAGCUUUUUUUUCAAAAAAACAGGUGCAUGUUGUUGCAUUAACUAAAACUUGUAUUAAAGUUUUAACAAUGUACUGAAAUGUUUCAGCAAAUGCUCUUCAUGUUGAUACAGUUUUCUUAAAUAACCAGGCACAUGUUGUAUUAGCUAAAACUCAGUUAAACGUUUUAACUCAUUCCUGACGGCUGCGACCAAAUGUGUCAUUUGGUGGUACUGACAGAUGCGGCCAUAUGCGUCAUGGGGCACAACAACACGCCUCUUUAAUAGAUAUUUAAAAAAUUGCAACAGAAUAUCGUGUCCCUCAAGACUUCCAGUGAUUGCCUGAUUUAAAUGUUAAAAAACUGAAGUUUUUAUCUGGCUUCACUUUCGUUCUAUGUGUGCUUUAUUAGUAUGAUUUGUCUGUAUCUAGCAUGUGUUCAUCUUAGGUGCCAAAAAUGGAUUUUUUGGUCACGCUCCUUACUUUUUCUCCGUUAAUAUUAUUAUUUUUUUUUUUUAACCUUAUUUAUGUCUGGAUGCAUUUAUCGUUAAUUCAUUAGCAGCUUAAAAAUGUUUUACAAAUGUAAAUAAAUUGCAAAACUGAGUUAAUUCCCUUCCUCAGGAAUAUAAAGUAAAUACGACGGAAGUAGCUUUGAUAUAGGAAUGAGUUGAUAAUGUACUGAUUUCGUGCUCAUACAAUUUGCUCAGUUGUUUCAUAGAUAUUGUUAUCUCAGUUAUUUCAUGGAUAUUGUUAUCUCAGUUGUUUCAUAGAUAAUAGUGUAGUUGUUUCAUAUUGUUUGCCUCAGUUGUUUCAUUGCUAAUUUUAUCAAGCUGUUUCAAAUUUUACAAAAAUUUUGAAGGGAGAUUCGGCAUUUACUUGCUUAAGGUAAAGUAGAUGGCCCUUUUUGGAGCCAGAGCAAAAAGAUGGUGUCACAUUAUGAUGAAAAUGUGAAAAAUAUUUGGAUAAGUCUUGGCCUGUACAUAAUUUUAAAAAAUUUAAAAUAAUUUAGUUUUCAGGGUUGUAAAAAUUUCCUAAAUAAUUUUAUUGUGAAAAAGAAAACACAUUCAAGUUGACAUGGUGUGAGUCUGUGUCAUAAUGUGCCCAUCCUACUCCCAUUACUGCUCUGAAAACUUUAAUCUAGCCCAUUAACCACAUUAGUUGCAACUUGGAGACUGGAAGGAAAUCUUUUGGCCCUCUGGUGAAUGACAGUUUGAUGUACCACUGAUCAGUUUGACUAAAACAGCAACUAAGCUCUAACUUCUUACUGCAUGAAGUAUUUGCAGUGUGAAUUCCAAUAUAUUAUUUAGGACUGCAGGGCGAAGCGAAGAUUCAUAAAUGAAAUUUCAUUUGUUACUAUUUUUCAGAAUGUGUUGAUAAAACAAAGCAAAAGUAGUUGGGCCUAUUCAUUGCAUUUACAUUGUCAUGUAAAU